GUCUGUCUGUCGCUUGUUUUUGAGAGAACAUCGCUCAAGAAUAUUUUCUGCCUGUGUCGCGCGCGCUCUCACACGCGCGCACGCAUACAUGCACAGCGCGGCCAGCGCGCGAAAGAAGUGAAGCGCAUCCUCCGAGGCAGCAGCAUCGGAGUCGCACGGAUAUCCUCACUCGGAUCGCUUUUACAUACCAGGACUAGCCCUCACCUAGGUGCUUUUCACAUGGGGACGCAACUCCUCAGCUGCCUGGAAGGUAUUCGGCUCUUACAUUUACUACAUUCGCAAUAACGGUCGACUCAAAUCAGAGAGCGCGCACCUCUGCGGAACGCACAGGCGGCGGAUUGUGAUGUGCGCAUUCGGUGGUAUAUUGGAGAUGAAAGGAAGAAUUGGAUCGGACAGAAUUUGAUAAGGACCCGUAAAAGGGGAAGCAGUUUAGUUUAUAACCCCUGCGACUGGACACCUUUUGGUUUUACGCAUCAUUUCUGCUCAAGAGAUCAAGUGCGCGAGAGCCUGUACUAUUGUAUAUCAUGUCAUUUCUCUUUGACUGAUCGCAGCAUCCAAGAGGAACCUAGAGAUUGCGAUGCCAGGACAGUGAGAAGGUGGAUCUCAGUUGUUCGGUAGCAUGGCUCCGUCCCGAAGGGACUGCAGAUGUGACAUGAUCUUUCUGUCGGGAUGCCUACUCCUGUCCGUCUUGGGAUUUCAUCCUGCAUUGGCGAAGGUCUGCAACGAUUACACAAGGCACGGCCUGGACAACAACUGGUACACGAGAGAUGGUGAGAAGUUGCCCAUCAUGGUCCUGAUGCCGAUGAAUGAAUCAGCGCUGAUGAGCAGCAUCAGUCAAGGCAUCGAGCCGGCCGUUCAGCUGGCCAUCCAGCACAUCCGCGAGUCCAGGCAGUACUCCUUCUCGCUCAUCACCAAAAUCUACGACACGGAGUGUGACAACGCAAAGGGAUUGCGGGCCUUUUUUGAUGCAAUCUGCUACGGUCCGAAACAUUUGAUGAUCUUUGGCGGAGUGUGUCCGUCAGUGACUUCGAUCAUUGCCGAAUCGUUGGAGGGGUGGAACCUUGUGCAGCUUUCUUUUGCGGCCACAACUCCUGUCUUGGCUGACAGGAAAAAGUAUCCAAAUUUCUUCAGGACUGUCCCAUCAGACAAUGCUGUGAACCCUGCUGUGGUGAAGUUUCUCAACUAUUACAACUGGAGCAGAGUGGGAACUCUGACCCAGGAUGUCCAGCGCUUUUCUGAGGUGCGGAAUGAUUUGACCAAUGAGCUGGAGAAGGCAGACAUCCAGAUUGCAGACACUGAGAGUUUCUCUAAUGAUCCCUGUGUGAAUGUGAAGAAACUAAAGGAUAAUGAUGUUAGAAUCAUCAUCGGUCAGUUUGAUGAGAAUCUGGCCGCUAAAGUCUUCUGCUGUGCCUACAACCUGAACAUGUAUGGCAGUAAAUACCAGUGGAUCAUCCCAGGAUGGUACCAGGGGAACUGGUGGGAACAGGCGAACUCCACAAACUGCACCACUAAGAAGCUGCUGACAGCCAUGGAGGGCUACAUCAGCGUGGAUUUUGAACCUCUCAGUGCCAAACAGAUUAAAGGAAUAUCAGGAAGAACGCCACAGGAGUACGAGAGGGAGUACAAACGUGAGCGAGAGCAGAAAGGAGUGGAGGCCAGCAAGUUCCACGGCUUUGCCUACGACGGCAUCUGGGUGAUUGCGAAGACCCUCACACGUGUCAUGGAGCUCCUCAGACACAAGGAGAGGCACGACAUGUACCACAACUUCACGGUGGAUGACCGCGAGGUGGGCAGAAUGGUUCUGGACGUGAUGAACGAAACCAAUUUCUUUGGAGUGACGGGUCAGGUGAUGUUCAGGAACGGGGAACGUAUGGGAACCAUAAAAUUCACCCAGUUUCAAGAGGGUCAAGAGGUGAAGGUGGGCGAGUACAAUGCCAUUGCAGAUGUUCUGGACCUAAUCAACAACACCAUCAGGUUCCAAGGUGUUGAGCCGCCGAAGGAUCGGACGUUUGUGCGUCUGCAGCGCCGGCAAAUAAAUGUCCCCCUCUACAGCAUCCUGUCUACCAUCACUAUCCUGGGCAUGCUCAUGGGAGGAGCCUUCCUCUUCUUUAACAUCAAAAACCGCAACCACAGGCUGAUCAAAAUGUCGAGUCCAUAUAUGAACAACCUGAUCAUUCUAGGGGGCAUGCUGUCAUACGCCUCCAUUUUCCUCUUUGGUCUGGAUGGAUCCUUUGUGUCAGACAAGGAAUUUGAGACCCUCUGUACUGUCCGUACAUGGAUCCUUAUUGUGGGUUACACAACAGCGUUUGGUGCAAUGUUUGCAAAGACCUGGAGAGUGCAUGCCAUCUUCAAGAAUGUAAAGAUGAAGAAGAAGAUUAUCAAGGACCAGAAACUUUUUAUCAUCGUGGGUGGGAUGUUGUUGAUUGAUUUGUGCAUCCUCAUAUGCUGGCAGAUCGUGGAUCCCCUGAAGAGAACUGUGGAAGAGUACAGCCUGGAGGCGGAUCCUCAGGGACGAGACAUCGCAAUCCGGCCCUUCCUAGAGCACUGCGAGAACACGCACAUGACCAUUUGGCUGGGGAUUGUCUAUGCCUACAAAGGCCUCCUUAUGCUGUUUGGAUGUUUCUUGGCCUGGGAGACCAGAAACGUGAGCAUUCCAGCCCUGAACGACAGCAAGUACAUCGGCAUGAGUGUGUAUAAUGUGGGCAUCAUGUGUAUCAUCGGGGCAGCGGUGUCCUUCCUGACCCGGGAUCAGCCUAAUGUGCAGUUCUGCAUCGUGGCACUGGUCAUCAUCUUCUGCAGCACCAUCACGCUGUGUCUGGUUUUUGUGCCAAAAUUUGUCACAAUGCGUACAAACCCGGAUGCUGCCACACAGAAUCGGAGGUUAAAGUUCACCCAGAACCAGAAGAAGGAAGAUUCCAAAACGUCCACCUCAGUAACCAGUGUUAACCAGGCCAACACUUCCCGUCUGGACGGAUUACAGUCAGACAACCACCGCCUCCGAAUGAGAAUUACAGAGCUGGAUAAGGAACUGGAAGAGGUGACCAUGCAACUCCAGGAUACUCCAGAAAAGACUCCAUACAUUAAACAAAACCACUACCAAGAUGUCAACAAUAUUCUGAGCAUACGCAACUUCACUGACGGCAAAGAUGGAGAUAAAUCUCUGAAGAACCACUUGGAGCAGAAACCCCAGGCUCAGUGGGGAUCCAUGGAUCCUUCUAGGAUAAGCAGAGGUCCACUAGAAGACAUCAACUCACCAGAACACAUACAGCGCAGGCUGUCCCUGCAGCUGCCGAUCCUGCAUCACGCCUAUCUGCCCUCCAUAGGAGGGGUGGACGCGAGCUGCAGCAGUCCCACGAGCAGCCCAGCCUCCAGCCCACAUCACAGACACAUGCCCCCCUCCUACAGGGUGAUGGUGUCCGGCCUGUGAGGCCCGCAGAAUACCCUGGACUCCGAAGAAGCGAUCAGCUUUUUUAUUUUAAGACAGACUGAAGAAUAUCAGCAGUUAAACAGAAGCGUGUGAGCAAGCCGAGGGGGUCCAACUCUUCAUGCAUUCGUGACCCCCUUCCCACCAUCCAUGGCCACAUCAGACCAGAACUUUUCAGGCUAGGAGGGAGGUGACCGGAUGUCCUCACAUGUCAACUCAACCCAGACUCCCAUCCUCUCGGUCCCGUCACCUCCCGUUCCUAACUCGAUGGACUCAACGCCCCCCGACCCCUAAACAGCAGCACGGAUCGACGGAGGACAGGAGCUGUAGCCUUAUCUCAUAAAAAAAGACACUUCCGCCAGCAGCCUUUCCACGUUAUCCGUGCACAUAUAUUGGUUCUGCUGGAGCUUGUGGGAAAUGGGCAAUGUAUGUGACCGAGGACUCCACCUCUUUAUUCACCACGUCAACAGCCAUGUAAAUACCAUAUUCGAAUAUCAAAGUGAGCUUUGAAUAUGCUGUGAAAUGAAUUAUUCUUAUGAGGCCUGGUGCUCGGAGAACUUUAUAAAAAGCUGACGAACCAGGAAGAGACACGUACACCGUUGCAACCGGUAUGAAUUUGUUGUGUUGCUUCCGUGUCCCAAUGGUGUGAAAAAGUGGUAAAUGGUAGAUAAGACUAUUGGUAUCUUUUGCUAAAGACAACUAGGAAGUGUUUCAGGGUAAUGCGGGGACUGUUCCAACCUGGAUAGACGUGUACCGCACAUUGUUUAUCUUCAAAAACAGUUAGCAUCAUGUAGGCCUAUUCUGGUAUCGGAGUGUCAAAAAUACUGCUUUGAUUUAUCGCAAGGAAUGUCAUGUUAGAGGUUUCGCAUUUGUGACCUCAAAGAGCCACAGGUCCAGCCGAGAGGGACAUAAGAGACAAAACCAGAGAUUUUAGAGGGUCAGUCUUCCAUUACAGCUGAGCGAGUUGAUCCUGCACAUCGGGACUGAAACACGCAGAUGCAGCCCAAUGCUUGGGAUGUACGAUAGCCGUCACGUGACCAGCUGUUACAGAACAAGAAGACUCACAAAUUGCGAUAAUAACAGGGAAUUGGUACACCAUGCAGAGCAAAACCAAAAUAUCCUCACAGAAAGCUGUGAGGUUACACAAAAGAAACAGUCCACACACAGCAAGACAGAAGAACGAUAUUGUAUUAAACAACGGGACUGAAAAAUUAGCACAAGUGUAAUUAACUUAAUAAGAGCAAGUCAUGUAUGAACAAAGCCUUGUUUUGACUUUCCGGUGCAGUCUCUCAGUUUACCCGCCCUCUGAUUAUUUCUUGCUUUUUUCCUUUUGGUUGAUUAAAAACCCAACAUGUGUGAAUCCUCUACGGUUGUCGCUUGGGCUAAAAGG